AUGCACAAGUCCAUGGAGAAGUCACAAAACUUCCGCAUCGAAGCGCUCCUGGCCGAAGAGCCGGCGCGGAGCGCCUCCCCGCCGGGGCUGAGCCCCGGGAGCCCCGCGUCGAGCCCCUGCCCCGCCGGGCGCUCCGACACCCCCUCACCGCGGGCGCCCCCGGCCGCUGCGCCCCUCGCCCCGGCCGGCUUCGUCCCCAAGCCCGGUUUGCUCCAUCUCUCUGGCCCCGGGCUCGGCGCCCUGCCGGCCCUCUAUCCCCCCGCCGUGUACCCGCUCCCGACCCUGGGGGGCCAGCACCCCGCGUUCGCCUACACCGGCAUCCCGCACCUGCCGCCGCCCGGCGCAGAGCAUCUGAAGGCGGCCGUGGCCGGCUCCUUCCCGCUGGAGCACUGGAUCCGAGCCGGGAUGCUGGUGCCGAGGCUCUCCGACUUCAAUGCUGCCCCGCAGUCUGGUUUGAUGGGGAAGUGCCGUCGGCCCCGCACAGCAUUCACCAGCCAGCAGCUCCUGGAGCUGGAGAACCAGUUCAAGCUCAACAAGUAUCUGUCCAGACCCAAGCGUUUUGAGGUGGCCACGUCGCUGAUGCUCACUGAGACACAGGUGAAGAUCUGGUUCCAGAACCGCCGCAUGAAGUGGAAGCGGAGUCGCAAGGCCAAGGAGCAGGGGGCUCAGGUGGAGGCUGAGAAGAAACGAGGGCUCAGCAAAACCUGUGAGAAGCUGCUGCCCAGCGAGCCCCAGGGACAAGCUGCCGAAAGCCCCGAGUUCAUGGGGCACAGCCCUGACGCGGGCUUCCUGCACUGCAGCGCCGCCGAGCUGAGCUAUGGCCCGGACUCGUCUUGCUCGGGGGGCGAGGAAGAGGAGGAGGAGGACGAGAUGGGCACCACAGAGAGGAAGAUUGGCUCUGUGUUGUGAAAGGCAAAUGGAACCAGCUGGGGAGAGGGGCCAGGCUGUGUUGUGGGGGUUCUCUUUGCUGGCAGACACAGACUGUGCCUGGAAGGAGCAGGGGGCUGCAGGGCACCUGCCACCCUUUAACUUAUGUGUGUUUGGAUCCUAUUUAACUUGUAAUUAUUCCUCUGUGUGUAUCUGGAGGAGUCCCCAGAUCCCUCCCCUAUAAAGCUGUUAUCUGGAUGCCUGUGCUUUUCCUUAGGGGACAGGAAAAUCCCCUGUCAUGCUACUGUGCUGUCCUACCAAGUCUCUGGGGAAAAAGGUGGGGAGAGCAAACUGUGCUAGCUGGCAGCCUGCUAGCACAGCUGGAAGAGGGAGACCCAGACCCUUCUUUGACUGCACUGCCACUUCCCUACAGAUCUGACAGCACUUGGAGCAGCACAUCCAGUGUGGUGCCGGCUUGUCCUUCCUCUUGAAGGGCUGGGAAGGAUGGCCAGGUUGCAUGCCAGCCUGCCUUGCCUCCUCCUGCACCAGUACAUCCCUGGUAGGGUCUGUGCUUUGCAGGGAAAACUGUCCUGGGAAGCAAAGCUGAUGCUGUUUUCCAUGCUGC